AAUAUUUACAUAUAUUGUCAUUUACGUCGUCAAAUAUAUAUAUAUUCUAUUGUUUGCGAGCAUUUUUCAUUGUAUUUCUAUUGCAAUAAAACGCCGACCCAAAAUCAUUUUCCAAUCGCUGAAAAACCGUGCAAAGUGCAAAGCAAAAGUGAAAAGGACUAGCCCAAAGAUACACACACACAGGAAAAAUACCGACAGAUCCUGAGGAGGUCCUUUGAGUUUUCCCGUGAGUGCAACAAAUACAGGCACGGUACACACAGAUACAGAUACACACACAAACAUACCAACUCGUUCGUACGACUUUCAAUAUGGCGGAUGUCCUGGAGAAAAGCUCGCUGCUGGAUGCUGUGCCACCACUAGGCGAGCCCCAUUCCUCCCACCCCCCUCAGCUGCCCCACCAGCAGCUGCAACAGGAAGCAGCGGCAGCAAAUGCCGCACCACCACAGCAGCAACAACAACAACAACAAGCACCACCACCAUCGCAUCAGCAACCACAACAGCAACAACAACAGAAGCCUGCAACUGCGAGGGCUAAUCAGGAUCAAAAAGAGGGUGACAAUGACAGCGGCGUGGAUGAGUCCACUCAGGAGAAGGAUCGCAACGGACCCAUCUCGCCCAGUUCGCCGGUGAAGACGCCCACAUCGACCUCAUCGAAACCGGACAAGUCGGGCACGUCCCGCCCACCGAGUACCACGCCCUCGAACAAAUCAGCCCCCAAGUCGCGCAGCGCCUCCAAGAAUCGCCUGCUCCUCAAGACACCAGAACCCGAGCCAGCCAAGAAAGUUCCAAUGAACAAGGUACAAGUCGGACAUGCGCCUUCGCCAAAUUUGAAGGCGGUACGCUCCAAAAUCGGAUCCCUGGACAAUGCUACCUACAAGCCGGGCGGUGGCCAUGUGAAGAUCGAGUCCAAGAAGAUUGACAUCAAGGCGGCACCGCGUAUCGAGGCCAAGAACGACAAGUACAUGCCAAAGGGCGGCGAAAAGAAGAUAGUUACAACAAAGUUGCAGUGGAAUGCCAAGUCGAAAAUCGGUUCGCUGGAGAAUGCCGCCCACAAGCCGGGAGGCGGGGACAAGAAGAUCGAGACCCUGAAGAUGGACUUCAAGGACAAGGCCAAGCCGAAGGUGGGCUCCACGGCCAAUGUGAAACAUCAGCCGGGUGGCGGUGAUAUCAAGAUCCAAACGCAAAAACUAGAAAUUAAGGCACAAAGCAAAGUUGGCUCUUUGGAUAAUGUAAAGCACAAGCCCGGUGGCGGUGAGAAGAAGAUUUUCGAUGAUAAGGAUUAUUUGAAAAAUGUUGAACACUCUGUUGCACUGACAACACCACCAACACAGUAUUGGAAGGCGCCGCGUAUCCAGAGGGCCACCACACUCACCUCGUCCAUGUCCCUGCCAGCGGAGUGCCUGGUCCUCUCCGUGUCCAUGCCCUCGCUCAACUCGGAGCCCAAGCGUCCCAAGAGUGCGGGUCCCAAGAAGAAGCCCGGCCAGGCCGUCCACUCGAAGCCAUUCCGCCUGUAUUGAAGGAUCAAAGGGAAUCCUAUCCGAUGAAGAAGCUGCUCCACACGUUGCACACGAGACGUCACCCAAUCGAAGCACCCAGAGAUUUGUGCACAAGUUGAUAUCGAGGCACGCACUUCUAAAAACAUAUAACAUAUGCAGAAUACAUUUUAUCAAACCGUUGAUUGUUUAGAGAACCGAAAAACGAAACGUGGCAUUUACGAACAAAAUAAACGACCUACUGAGAGGCAAAGUUAAGCACAAAAUGCAGAUGUUUCAUUAAAUAAUUACAGUAUAUAUUUUUCGUAAGUAUUAAAUCAGUUUUACGGCUGCUACAUCUCUGGAGCCAAACUUGCGUUUGAUUUAUUUAGGUAUAUAUGUAUAAUUAGUACAAAAAUUGUCCUGGGAUUUCGUUACUUCUCAGCUUAAUCAUCAUGUUUUUGGAAAAUUGGGCGCUUUUCUUGGUUUCUUUUGUAGGUUUGUAUUCGUUUUUGAUUCUUGUUACAUCGUUUAUUCGAUUAUUCGAGUUGCGUCACAUUUAAAUGCAGUUUGUUGCCUUUCCAUUCACAUAAUCCUUUUUCCUAUACUUACGCCGUAAAAGUUGUUUAUACAAUUCGUUUUGUUUAAAGUUAGGGUAAUAAAUAAGUCAUUAUAAAAUAAUAAACAACAGUUGUUACAUUUUCAAAAGACAUGGUCAAAUGAGCUUCGAGUGAUUAUGAUUAUGAUUCGAGGGUCGAGAGUUAGAAUAAAAAAAAUGCGCAUGCUUGAAUAUCAUUUUAAAAAAGUGGCUUUCUCUAAGAGCUCGUCUUGUCGUCAAGUGAAUUGGCCUGGUUUCAGAUUUGGUAAGCUUGGGAUUAGCUGCCUCAGCUCAUGGCUA